CUAAUCUUUUUUUGUUGGGAGUCCAAAAUAUUAUGUUGACGUGUUUUGCACAACAAAAGCGAAAGUUGAUCUCGAGUAGUGGGCGGGGCCAGCAGGUGACUGAUGAUAAGAUUUAUGGCGUGGAUCGCAGCGGGUGAGAGAGGAUGACUCACUCCGUCUGAUGAGAUGUUUCACCCCGCGACAGCUCGGCAGUGCGGCGGAGCAGCUCCACAUGUCGCUUUUGCUCCGUACAACAACAAGACAAACUUUAAUAAAUAGUUGCCUGGGCCUCAAAUACACAGUUUACUUGGGCGUCGGAGAGUCUACAAAUUAAGAAGAGAGAGGCCGUCGUGAUUUACCGUCAUUUCCCCACCCCCUGGUUUCCAUGGAAACAAUGCUGCUGUGCGUCUUGGCAUUUUAAUCUCUAAACCUGUUGGAUAUCUCAAGUGUCUUUUUUGUCUUUAAUUUGACCAAAACGCAAGCAAAAUAAGCCGGCAAACAUGGCAGAGCCUCAAUCGGAGAAAAGAUUCCACAACUUGACCCUGCAGCAACUCCAGGCUCUGGACCAAAUCCUGACCGAGGUCAUUCCCAUCCAAGGACGCGGGAAUUUCCCGACAUUGCAGGUGAGAGCCAAAGACUUAAUUCGCGUGGUAAAGGACCGACUCGUGGAACGAAAGAUCUUCGUUAAAGAUAUCCGCCUGAAUGGAGCAACUGCCAGCCAUGUUCUGGUGAAGGACAAUGGCCUGGGCGUCAGAGAUUUAGACAUCAUUUUCAGAGUGGAGUUACCGAGGCAGGAGGACUUCCAGGUAAUUAAAGAGGUGGUCCUGGGCAGCCUGAGAGACCUUCUUCCAAGCGGAGUGAACAGACGUAAGAUCACCUGCCUCACAAUGAAGGAAGCAUACGUGCAAAAGAUGGUGAAAGUUUUCACCGAGCAGGAUAGAUGGAGCCUCAUUGCUCUGUCCAACAACCGAGCCAGAACCUUUGGGCUGAGAUUUGUUAGCGCGCUUCGCAGACAGUUCGAGUUCAGCGUGGACUCCUUCCAGAUCAUUCUAGACCGUGUGCUGCAGUCUUACUGGGAGACUGACAGGAGGCAAAGGUGCAAUUUGUCUUUGGAUGCUCAGAACUUGGGAAAAAGAGAAGAGAGUGAGGAGCAAGCAGCGUCUAAGAUGGCUUCCUGCGGAGAGAUUCCACAUAAGCGUGAAGAUGUUACGGAAAAAGAGCCUCCUCGUGCAGAGAAGGUUGAAUUAGCUUCCGACGACGUCAACUCCAAUCAGGAAGAGAAGGAUGUUGUUUCUGAGCCUUUUUGCAAAGAUGAUCCUGUAGUUUCACCUCCUCCACCCUCAAAUGCCGAGAAGGUUCAAGAGGAGACCUCUCAACCGAUCAUGGCGCAUGAUUGUCUUCAGGUCCCCACCCAGCAAAAGUCCAGUCCUGAGUUCUCGUCUCCUCCCCCAGCAAAGAAAACCUGCAGCACGUCACAGGAUGUCGUCCCAGACUACUGUCCCUCGCCCAAACUUCAGCGGAAAAUGUCCCGCAAGAUGAUUUGCACCCCUGAGAGAUGGUCUUUACUGACCGACGUCUCUGAUAUGACUACUCAGAUGUUUACGCCCAUCCAGAUACCACCUCAGCUGAAGCCUCCUGUACAUAAAGAGGCUUCCUCACAGGAGAGCUUCGCAGACCCUGAGACAAAUCAAGCUGUUGAACUGACCGUGAAACACAAGGAACCUCCAGAUGGCAACCUUGUAAAUGUAGGAUACACACAGCAGGAGCAGGAAGAAGCCCCUUUAUUGAGCUCAUUGGGGUCCUGCAUGGCGGUGGAGGCAGAGUGCAUGUACGGAGACUUUGGCCAGGCAAUAGAGCACCUGCGCCACCACCUGAUCGCCACGCACAAUCCCGAGGAGAUUCGAGGAGGAGGCCUGCUGAAGUACAGCGACCUCCUGGUGAGGAACUUCCGCCCGGCAAGCGAGACCGAGAUCAAGUCCUUAGAGAGGUACAUGUGCUCCCGCUUCUUCAUCGACUUCUCUGACGUGGGCGAGCAGCAGCGCAAGAUCGAGGCCUACCUGCAGUAUCACUUCACGGGCAGUGAGGAGAGCAGUAGGUACGACUACCUUAUGACGCUGCGGCGCGUCAUUGACGAAAGCACCGUGUGCCUGAUGGGCCACGAGAGGAGGCAAACGCUCAACAUGAUCACCGUCUUGGCUCUGAGGGUGCUGGGGGAGCAGAACGCCAUCCCCAAUGCUGCCAACGUCACAUGCUUCUACCAGCCCGCGCCUUACGUGAGUGAGCCCAUUUACAGCAGCUACUUUGUCACGCCACCGCAGCCGCCGCUCGUUUACCACCCCUACCCGGUGCACGUGCACAUGCAGAGCGGCGUGGUGUAGCCGCGGUCACGUGCCCCCAGGGAGGCGGGGAGGCAGCUUUUUUUUCAAUGCGGGCCUUGACUGGCACUGCUUUUGACAAGAAGAGGGACCCUCGGGCACGGUGUCCUUUCAAGCUUUGACAUCGCCAGGACUGAGCGAAGUCUUUUGGACAGGAAACGUCAACAAGGACAACAAGUGCACAGGAGAAGUUUGCAUGGACUUACGAACACAGGAAAGUGUUAUCAUUGUAGGGUGAUGAAUAAUCAUGAAACAUCAACACGGUUAUGUGCAUCACACCUUGUCAGCAUGUUGUAUCACACAGUGUGGAUAUUUAACUUAUUUGAUAUGUAAGUGUAACUGUAAGCUGUGUGUGUGUGUGUGUGUGUGUGUGUGUAUGUGGGUGUGCGUGUGUGUAUAGGGCUGCAAAAUUCCAGGAAAAUGUUAGAUUUCCAUGGGAAUGUGUAGUAAAUCAUGCGGAUUAAUAAGAAAUGAAUCAACUGGAAAUUAGACAAACUG